CUUUGUUUAUAUAUAACGCAGUAUAUCUAAGGCGGAGCACGGCCUUUAGUCGAGCAAACCGACCUCAGGACUUAUUCUUUGUAAGCCUAGAACUUAUUCUAACGGGUCUUUUGCCGAACUGCUAUGUUACUAGGACAUAAACACACCAGCAUUGGUUGUCAUGCGAUGUUUGGGAGGUGGGGACACGCAAACCCGACAUAAUCCGGAUGUUUCCGUGGAAGCGAAUGACAGUUGCCGAAAUGAGAGGAGGAGAGCUAAUGGGUUGUACGUGCGUGUGUGUGUGCUUGUUCCUGUCUGUGUCUGCGUUCCUGUUGUACCUGUUCUGUUUUUAAGUCUUUAUGGAUUGUGGAGAGGAGGCGCAAUGGCCCAGUGGUUAGGGCAGCGGACUCGCGGUUUCGAUUCCCAGAACGGGCGUUGUGAUUGUUUAUUUUGAGAAAGACAUUGUAAGCUAGGUGUGAGAGGCCAGACAUGUGCAGUUUGAACAUUAAAAUAGAAUAUCAAAUGACAUUGGCAUCAAAGAAUUGGUUGCAUCGAUGUACAUCAUCUUUUAAAGACUAAAAGAAAAUGUUCUUCAUAUAACGAAUCUUUGGUGUCUAUUAGUAUCAAUAUCUAAAAAGAACGGACAGAAGGAAAACACAUGUAUAUUGUAGAAAAGAGGAGGGAAACUAUGGAAGGAAAAUUAUGUAAUAACGCAUCUGUAAAGACUGAUGUUUGUGAUUUAAAGGAAGAGGAAGGAGAAUCAUCGUACCAGUGUGAUGUCUGUGAUGAAGCAUUCUCUGAAAGAGAUAGCUUGACUAGGCACGAAUGUAUUCAUGCAGGAGAUAAGCCAUAUUCCUGUGAUAUUUGUGGAAAAUCAUUCCGUCGAAAUUACCACUUAACAAGACACAAACUCACUCAUACAGGUUAUAAAGCUUAUCGCUGUAACAUCUGUGGUAAAGCGUUAACUCAAAAAUCCAAUCUAAAUAAGCACAUGCGUAUUCAUACUGGUGAGAAAGUAUAUUGCUGUGACAUCUGUGGUAAAUCAUUCUCUGGCAGCAAUUCUUUCAUAAUACAUAAACGCAUUCAUUCAGGAGACAGGCCGUACUGCUGUGAUGUCUGUGGUAAAUCGUUCUAUGAAUCUGUUGAUUUAACUAAACACAGACGUAUGCAUACAGGAGAGAAACCAUAUCACUGUGACAUCUGUGGCACAUCAUUCUCUGUAAGCUCUAACUUGACUAAACACAAACGUACACAUACAGGGGAGAAGCCAUAUCAUUGUGAUAUCUGUAGUAAAUCAUUUUCUGCAGCCUAUAACUUGAAAACUCACAAACGUAUUCAUACAGGUGAAAAGCCAUAUUGCUGUGAUAUCUGUGGUAAAUCAUUCUAUACAAAUGGUGCUUUAACUAAUCACGUACGCAUUCAUACAGGAGAGAAGCCCUAUCAUUGUGACAUCUGUGGUAAAUCAUUUUCUUCACGUAGCCAGUUAACUAGUCACAAAUGUAUUCACACUGAGAAAAAAACCAUAUCGUUGUGAUAUCUAAGAUAAAUUAUUCUCUCAUAGCAGUGUCAGUAAGAGUUGAAAAAGAGAAGAGACAAAAUGGUAAUAACAUUGAGAGAACCAGUGAUAUCAAACAGUGCCCCUAGCCCUCUGUCAACAAAAACCUUUUCACUUC